AUGGCCAACGUUAUAGCGAAUUCGGGCCACGAUGACAUGAUUCAUGAUGCCGUUCUGGACUACUACGGCAGGCGGCUCGCGACAUGUUCCUCAGACAAGACCAUCAAGAUCUUCGAGGUGGAGGGUGAGAAGCACACACUAGUCGAGACACUGAGAGGCCACGAGGGCGCCGUCUGGAGCGUAGCAUGGGCCCACCCCAAAUACGGAAACAUCCUCGCCUCGUCCUCGUAUGACGGCAAAGUCCUCAUCUGGCGCGAACAAUCCGGCAGCUGGCAAAAGAUCUACGAAGUCGCCCUCCACACCGCCUCGGUCAACCUGGUCGCAUGGGCCCCACACGAGGCAGGCUGUCUUCUGGCGUGCGCAUCAACCGACAGCAAUGUUUCCGUACUCGAAUUCAAGGACAACAAUUGGACACACCAAAUCUUCCCCGCGCACGGCACAGGCGUGAACAGCGUGAGCUGGGCACCUGCCUUUGCGCCGGGACAGGUUAUGAGCGCGAGCGGGAACCAGGCUGGAGCUGCGAAACGACUUGUUACUGGAGGUAGCGACUGCCAGGUCAAGGUUUGGGAAUUCAGUCCUGAGAGCGGUAGCUGGAACGCAACGCUACUUGGGAUCCACGGCGACUGGGUCCGCGACGUAGCAUGGUCCCCCACCGUCCUCUCCAAAUCCUACAUCGCUUCCGCGUCUCAAGACAAAACCGUCUCCAUCUGGACUUCCUCGGACCUGCGCGAGUGGAAGCGCACGCAGAUCGAUGUCGACGCUGCGGCGUGGCGCGUGAGCUGGAGUCUCAGCGGCAAUGCGCUUGCGAUUAGCACGGGCGACAACCGGGUUAGUUUGUGGAAGGAAAGGUUGAGCGGGGGUUGGGAAUGCGUCAAGACGAUUGAAGAGUAG